AUGUCAUUAGAUAUGGAUUAUUUCGAUACUCAUCAGUCAGGCUCAUUACUUGAUAGAAUUACUACAGAUUGUGUAUUGAUUUAUUCGAUUUACAUGGAAAAAUUCUGUUAUAUGAUGGCAGAUUGCGUACAAGGCCUUGCUGGCAUUAUUCUUUCAUUCAUUUACUCAUGGAGAGUCUCCUUGGUCGUUUUCAUCGCGCUUCCUCUUUGUAUUGUUUCAUUUUAUAUUUGUGAGCAUUUAAUUGGCAAAUUAUGGGACGAUUACAACAAGGCGACCAACAGUGCAGGUACAAAAGCAGAAGAAGUCAUCAACGCGUUCAGAACUGUCAAAUCUUUCGAUAAUGAAUUGAAAGAAGCCGAAACCUAUCGUUUAUCACUUUCCAAGGUCCUUGAAGUUGUUAAGAAGACAUCGUUGAUUACAGGUGUUAAAGACGGCAUCUUAAACCUGAUAAUUAAUUUUAUGACAGCCGCAUUCAUGUAUUCCAGUGUUUGGAUCAUCAAAAACAAGCCGCAAUGGAACAUGGAAACAGGUGAUAUCAUGGUCUUGGUCACUUCUUUGAUCUAUUCCGCUAUGGCCGUAUUUCAAGCUUUAAUUUUGCUUGAAGACUUCCGAAAAGCGAACGUAGCGUCCCAAAAGAUCCUGGAAAUACUUGAAUUACCAAUCAAAUCCGACCAGAAGAAGGGAGAAAGUCCAGAUUUAACAGUAUCAGGAAAAAUUGAGUUCAAAGACGUUUCAUUCAAGUAUUCUACAAAGGAUUCAUAUGCUGUAAAGAACCUUUCCUUCACAGUUAACCCAGGAGAAACAGUUGCUUUCGUUGGAGAAAGUGGUUGUGGCAAAUCAACAACAUUACAACUGUUACAAAGGUUUUAUGAAAUAGAGAGUGGCCAAAUUUUAGUUGAUGACCAUGACAUUUCCAAAUGGUCACCGUAUUAUUUGAGGACACAAAUCUCUAUUGUUCCACAAACUCCUGUUUUGUUUUCCAUGUCAAUUAAAGAUAACAUUAAAUACGCAAGACCGAAAGCGACAUCAAAAGAAAUCUCUGAUGCAGCACAGAUAGGAAAUGCUCAUUCUUUCAUCAUGAGUCUUCCAGAAAACUACGAAACAAUUGUACAACAGACAUCAUUGAGUGGAGGACAGAAACAAAGAAUUUGCAUAGCUAGAGCUGUUAUUCAGAACGCGCCAAUUUUGUUGUUGGAUAAAGCAACUGCAGCUUUGGAUACAGAAAGUGAAAGAUUGGUGCAGGAAAGUCUGGAAACAAUAAGAAAAGGAAAGACAGCAAUCAUUGUCGCACAUAGAUUGGCAACAGUGAUAAACGCUGAUAAAAUUUUCGUGUUUAAGGAUGGUCACAUUGUAGAAGUGGGAAAACACGACGAAUUACUGGCAAAAGGUGGUUACUACUUUGAACUCAUCAAAUUCCAGUUACAACAGUAA